CAGGAUACAAACAGAAGGUUAGCGAGGAUUGACAGCAAGUAAUCAUUAAAGGAGGAAAGGGAUUGUCUGUUCUGUCAUCGCGGAUCAAUAUUGUUUGUGUUAUGAGAAGAGGACACUGGCUGUGUCAGCGCUGUGAUUGAACACUAUGGCUGCAGCUCCUCCACUCACCCGCUCAGACUCAGCUCGGGGGGAGUUUUCCCCUCUGAAGCACUUUGUUGUGGCCAAGAAGAAGAUCAGCGAUGUGUUUGAACAACUUCUCAACUAUGUGAAAGAGACUUCAGAGUUUGUAGAAGAAACCUGUGCAAAUAAAGCUUUGGAGAACAUUGCAAGUCAGGAUCAGAAGUUGGAGAUUCAGUCGUAUGCUGACAAACUUGCUAUCAUUAAGGAGGUGCUGGCACGCAGACAUAUGAAAGUGGCAUUUUUUGGCAGGACCAGUAAUGGUAAAAGCACAGUAGUCAACGCUAUGCUGAGGGACCGCGUGCUGCCCAGCGGGAUCGGCCACACCACUAACUGCUUCCUCAGUGUGGAGGGCACAGAUGAGGACAAGGCCUACCUCAAGACAGAGGGCUCUGACGAGGAGAAGAGCAUCAAGACAGUAAACCAGCUGGCUCACGCUCUCCACAUGGACGAGAGUCUGGAUGCCGGCUGUCUCGUCCGUGUGUUUUGGCCGAAGACCAAGUGUGCUCUGCUUCGAGACGACCUGGUGCUCGUGGACAGCCCGGGAACAGAUGUCACAACCCAACUGGACAGCUGGAUUGACAAGUUUUGUCUGGAUGCUGAUGUCUUUGUGCUGGUGGCCAACUCUGAAUCAACACUUAUGAACACGGAAAAGCACUUUUUCCACAAAGUGAAUGAACGUCUGUCAAAGCCCAACAUCUUCAUCCUCAACAACCGCUGGGACGCUUCGGCAAACGAGCCAGAGUACAUGGAGGACGUGAGGAAGCAGCACACUGACCGCUGCGUCAACUUCCUGGUGGAGGAGCUGAAGGUUGUGGAUCGUGAUCAGGCACCCAACCGCAUUUUCUUCGUCUCCGCCAAAGAGGUGCUCAACUCCCGCAUGCAGCGUGCACAGGGCAUGCCUGAAGGAGGUGGAGCCCUGGCUGAGGGCUUCCAGGAGAGACUGAAGGAGUUCCAGUGCUUUGAGAGGAGGUUUGAGGAGUGUAUCUCGCAGUCAGCAGUGAAAACAAAGUUUGAGCAGCACACUAUCAGGGCCAAGCAGAUCACAGAAAAAGUCAAGAGCAUCAUGGACGCCAUCAACAUCGAGGCGGCGGAGAAGAGGGUGGCAGCUCUGGAGGACAGAGAGUAUCAGAUGGACCGGCUUGAGUUUGUCAAGAAUCAACUCAACCUGCUGAUUACUGAAAUCAAAAAGAAGAUCAAAGCUAUCAGUGAGGAUGUGGAGUCGAAGGUGUCCACUGCCAUGGGAGAGGAGAUCUGCCGGCUCCACGUAAUCGUUGAUGAGUUCCACACUGACUUCCACCCGUCGCCGCACGUCCUGAAGAUCUACAAGUCUGAGCUGCUGACUCACGUGGAGGAGGGAAUGGGCAAAAAUUUGGCCUUCCGCUGCUCGGACGCCAUCAACGCUUCUGUUCAGUGCUCCCAGAAAUACAUGAUGGAGAGCAUGCUCCCUCUGCUUCCCUCUGGGGCUCAGAGCCAAGUCUCCAUGCUGCUGCCCGGCAGGAAGUUCGACCUGAGUUACGACCUAAACUGCGCCACACUUUGCAAUGACUUCCAGGAGAACAUAGAGUUUCAGUUCUCGUUGGGCUGGUCAUCAUUAGUCCACCGCUUCCUGGGUUCUGCCAACGCACAGAGAGCGCUCAAACUGGUGGACCAGAACUUCCAGGCGUCUCGCCCAGCGCUGGCCCAUACGCCCUCCUCAGGACCGCCCUCCAUGAUAGCCCCGCCCAACAACAACGAGACAGCUCUCAUGACUCAGGAGGACCUGAUGGUUGCAAUGGCAACCAACGUGGCAUCCCUCACCUCCCGCACUUCAAUGAGCGUUCUCAUCGUUGGAGGAGUGGUGUGGAGAACAGUCGGCUGGAGGCUGAUCGCCCUGUCAGCCUCGCUGUACGGCGUGUUGUACCUGUAUGAGAGACUCACCUGGACCACGAGGGCCAAGGAGCGCGCUCUGAAGCGCCAGUUUGUGGACUACGCAAGCGAGAAGCUGCAGCUCAUCGUCAGUUUUACCAGUGCAAACUGUAGCCACCAGGUCCAACAGGAGAUGGCAGCGACCUUUGCUCGGCUCUGUCAGCAGGUGGACCAGACGCAGAAAGAGCUGGAGGCUGAAAUCCGCCAACUGACAGCCAAGAUAGAUCAGCUGGAGACCGUCCAGAGCCACUCCAAGAGCCUGCGACAUAAAGCGACAGAUCUGGAGAGACAGUUGGAGGCGUUCACCAACCAGUACCUGCAGCCUCAGCAGUGAGCAGCUCCUCUUCUACGCUCCACAGUUUGGUUCUUGUUGAGCCGAUCAUUCCUCAGCCGGGCGCCGCCUCAUGGCGCCCGGGCCUCAUCCCCCAAACUACACCACAGCUUCGGUGUGGACAGUAGGGCUGGACAGAUAAAUCGAUUAUCGAUUGAUCUAUCAACUGAACAGAAAUCUAUAGAUAUUUUUGAUCAAUGAAAGUUAGUGGUUUAUCAGACAAGAAUACCAAACUUCUGCAGCUCAUCAAGUGUGAAGAUUUGGUCCUUUUUGUGUUGUUUGGGGAAAAAAAUCAUAUUUUUUUUGUUGUUGUUGUUUCGUCCCACCAAAUAGUCAAUUUGAUGACUUUUUUCUGAAUCAAGAAAAAAAGAUUGAGGGUGAAAAUAAUCUGUAUUUUAAGAGUAAAGGCCCAGACACAUCAGUAUUUCCUCCUCAGUGUUUUGGGUGCUUGAGAAACUGCAGUGAACAAACUGUAAAACAAAACUGCCUGUAAAACAAAGAAACACGGACUCAAAAGUGGACAAGGUGACCACAGAUUCUCGGUCGGCAUGGAGGCUACCGGUCGGGUGCUAUCUUUUGACACUAACGUGCUUCGAACUGUGAAUAUGCCUUUUUUUGACUAACUUUUGUGGAGCAAAUGAAGUUUGAGUGUCCGUAAGACUGUACAUGUAUCUGUUCGGGCACAUGAUCUGCUGUAUCUUAGCAUUAAAAAUAAAUAUAUUUCAUAAUAAAA